AUGGUAGAGUCGAUGGUCUUUACACUCUUCGGUCUUCACAUGAGGAGGCCGUCACGCGACCGCUUCCGCGGUGGGUUUGGUGUUGGUUCAGAUGGAGUGUCAGUGUCAGUGAUGGAGGGAGAUUCAGUCACUCUACAAACUGAUGUUGAAACAAAUGAACAAGAAAAGAUUGUAUGGUAUUUUAAUGACUUUCGCAUCGCUCAAACCAGUGGAGAUCUCAGUGUUUCUCCUGCUGAGCGAGAUGAAAUGAACCGAGAGACAGUUUUAGAAACUUUGGAAACUCUACAUCCAGGUCAAAUAGCAGGACCUGUUAUAGCUGUUCUGCUUCUGGCUGCAGCUGUAGUUGCUGGUGUGUUUUUCCACCGCCACAAGACCUCUGAACAAGACAGACAAAAGGUGAAGAAAGUGACAGUGCUGAAGGAAGGUUCCGCCAUUCUACACACUAAUAUUAAAAUACAGAAGGAUGACGUGAUACUGUGGACAUUUGUUGAUAUGGCCAAAAUCAAAAAAGGAGGGACCAAAAAUAUCUCCAUAUCUGAUGGUCCUAAUGAGAGAUUCGGAGACAGACUGAAGGUGAAUUAUCAGACUGGAUCUCUGACCAUCACAAACACCACAACCACAGACUCUGGACUCUAUAAACUACAGAUCAUCAGAAAUGGGGAAAAAAUGUCAGUGGAAACAUUCAGUGUUACUGUCUUUGAUGAAAUACAGUCAGUGGGAGUGAGGAAAGGAGAUCCUUUGACUCUGGACACUGAUGCUGAAAUACAAAGAGAUGAUGAUAAAAUACAGUGGCUGUUUGGAGAUGAAGACACUCUCAUAGCUAAAAACAAAAAAGGGACAGGAGAGAUCGCAUAUGAUGAUGGUGCUGAUGGAAGAUUCAGAAACCGACUGCAGCUGGAUCAUCAGACUGGAUCUCUGACCAUCACAAACACCAGAACCACUGACUCUGGAGUUUAUAAACUAAAGAUGUGCAGAAUUAUUCUGUACUUUGCUUUAAAUGAAAUACAGCCAGUGUCAGUGUUGGAGGGAGAUUCUGUCACUCUAAACUCUGAUUUUACUACAAUACAUGAUGGUGAUGACAUACUGUGGAUAUUUGGGUCUGAAGACUCUCUCAUAGCUAAAUUCAAUAAAGAGAAACAUAUCUUCACAUAUGAUGGUCCUGAUGGGAGAUUCAGAGACAGACUGAAGCUGGACAAUCAAACUGGAUCUCUGACCAUCACAAACAUCACAACUCAACUUGCUGGACUUUAUAGAGUUUCUUUUUAUUCUCUCAUGUUUUCAGCUCGUCUGCCUGUUCCUGUCAUCAGCAGUAACUCUACAAACUGUUCUUCAUCAUCAUCAUCAUAUUGUUUAUUGUUGUGUUCAGUGGUGAAUGUGGGUCAUGUGACUCUCUCCUGGUACAAAGGAAACAGUUUAUUGUCCAGCAUCAGUGUGUCUGAUCUCAGCAUCAGUCUCUCUCUACCUCUGGAGGUGGAAUAUCAGGAUAAAAACACCUACAGCUGUGUGCUCAACAAUCCCAUCAGCAACCAGACCACACAUCUCAACAUCAGCAAACUCUGUCACACAUGUUCAGACCACAUCCACUGUUGUGGUUCUGCUGAAGCUGUGAUCCGAUUGGUCGUCUCUGCUAUGGUGGGUGUGGCUACUGCAGCUGUUCUGGUUUAUGACAUCAGAUCUACAAGAGGAGACAAGAAAUAG